AUGAAUGCAUUGUCUUUACAGUUAGCUCAGCUUAACACUCAGAAAAUUGUUGAAUAUUCAUCAAAUUCCCCAAUGCAACCUUGUCUUUGCCAACAUUGCAUGAAAGUGUUUGAGACUCCAUACCAGCUCAAAGCUCACUUAUUGAAUGAAUUUGAGCUUAACGCGGAGACUCUAGCAUUCUUUUGUGUUGCAAAAGGACUAGAAGAAUACUCAGAGCCAUCAACCCCUUUAGAAAUAAACGAUCAAAAAGGCGAAGAAAACAAACCUGAGACGAUGAUGCUAAAAUGCCCAAACUGUGAACAAAUUUGCAAAGGCCACAAAGGCUUAAAUCAGCAUCUAGGCAGAAAACACAGCAAAAAGAGAAAAAAUUCAACAUGCAAGCAGUGUGGGAAAUGUUUUAGGCAAAAAUACGCAUUGAAAUUCCACAUAAAUCAGGUCCAUCAAGAUGUUAAUAGGGUCAUUUGCGGCUUCUGCAACAAAGCAAUAUACAAUAAAUACGCGCUUCUUAUUCACAUUUCCAAGAGGCAUAGUAAUAUUAAAACAUAA